AUGGCUCCUGCACGAAGGAUCAAAACUUUGCUCACCGUCAACAUUUUGUUUUUCCUGGGCAUUGUGCUGUUUUCGGUCUACUGCCGGAUUUCCGAGCGUUCCGAGGAACUGGUUCAGGUCUCAGAUCGCCGGCUCCGGACCUGGGGUUCCUCCCAGCAACUACUGAAGGACCGGGAUAAUAUCCUGCAGCGCCUGGACCAUCUGGAAGAUGUGGUGUACAGCCAGCUCAAUGGGCUCGCUAAACCAAUUGGACUGAUGGAGGGACCUGGAGGUCUGGGCCAAGGAGGAGUCGCUGCCACAGUAAGAGAUGACAGCCAUGAGUUUGAUGCUAAAUAUGAAGAUUACGGCUACAAUGCUCAGCUCAGCGACAGGAUAUCACUCGACAGGUCGAUACCAGACUACAGACCACAAAAGUGCAAGCAGAUGACAUACCAGAGCAACCUCCCUCAGAUCGCUGUGGUCUUCAUCUUUGUGAAUGAGGCUUUGUCGGUUAUCCUGCGGUCAGUGCACAGUGUCGUCAAUCACACGCCUCCACAUCUCCUCAAAGAGGUCAUCUUGGUCGAUGACAACAGUGACAGUGUGGAACUGAAAAUCAAUCUGGACCAGUAUAUCAACAAAAGGUACCCAGGACUUGUGAAAAUAGUUCGGAAUAGCAAGAGGGAAGGGCUGAUUCGAGCCAGAAUACAGGGCUGGAAGGUAGCGACUGCGCCAGUGGUUGGGUUUUUCGAUGCUCAUGUCGAGUUCAACGUUGGGUGGGUCCAGCCAGUCCUGAGUCGAAUCAAGGAAGACCACACCCGCAUUAUUCUGCCAGCAAUCGACAACAUCAAGUACAACACUUUCGAAGUGCAGCAGUAUGCUAAUGCAGCCCAUGGCUACAACUGGGGGUUGUGGUGUAUGUACAUCAUCCCACCGCAAGAAUGGCUGGACAGGGGAGAUGAGGCUGCACCCAUCAGGACCCCAGCGAUGAUUGGCUGUUCUUUUGUGGUUCAUCGCGAGUAUUUUGGAGAGAUCGGACUUCUUGAUCCUGGCAUGGAGAUCUAUGGCGGAGAGAACAUUGAACUGGGCAUGAGGGUCUGGCAGUGCGGGGGCAGCAUGGAGGUCCUGCCUUGCUCAAGAGUGGCCCACAUCGAACGCACAAAGAAGCCAUACAACAACGACAUUGACUACUACGCCAAGCGUAACGCCCUCCGAGCUGCUGAGGUCUGGAUGGAUGACUUCAAAUCACACGUCUACAUGGCAUGGAAUAUCCCGAUAAACAAUCCAGGGGUUGAUUUUGGUGAUGUUUCAGAUAGAAUAGCACUGCGCAAGAGAUUGAAUUGUCGGAGUUUCCGAUGGUACAGGGACAAUGUCUAUCCUGAAAUGAGGAUCUACAACAAUACCAUCACCUAUGGAGAGGUACGAAACAGCAAAGCGAGUGGCUAUUGCUUAGACCAAGGCUCAGAAGAAGACGACAGAGCUAUCCUGUAUCCAUGUCACGGUAUGACCUCCCAGCUGGUACGUUACACCAUUGAGGGGCUUCUGCAACUUGGGCCCCUGGGGUCAACAAAUUUCCUACCCGACACCAAAUGUUUAAUUGAUGACAGAAGAAUCAAGUUCCCAACUCUCAGGAAAUGCGACGAGGUACCCAGAAUAAACCAGAAACUCUGGGAUUUCACGCAGAAUGGGCCAAUUAUUAACAGAGACACGGGACGUUGUUUGGAAGUGGAAAUGACCAAGGACGCUAACUUUGGUCUGCGGUUAUCCUUGCAGAAGUGUUCCGGGCAGAAGUGGAUAAUCAGAAACUGGAUCAAACAUGCCAAGCACUGAGUGCUGAUGGGAUCUAUUUGCUGCAUCCCAGUGUAUCUUUGUAUAUCUACUUCCACAUGACAUUGUGAUGUGUAGCCACGCACCCAUGAGACAUUGUGGGGGACACAACAUGGAAUCAUCCAGUCAUCCUCAAUGAAGGGACACUCUGAUCAACACACUCAUUUGAAAUUAUUGACUACUGCACGGCAUUAAAUGAACAAUAAUGAUGUGCCUUUUUUCACUUAUAAACUUCUUGACUGGAAC